UCCUAUAUAUAUCACUCCUCUAUUUGCUCCAUAUUCCACACCAAACAUAUUCAAGAAAGUAGACACCAAUGGCGUCUGGUUGUGAUUCAAGGACUGCUGAGGAAAAAAAACUUGAUGAAUGGCUUCCGGUCACUUCAUCAAGAAACGCAAAGUGGUGGUACUCAGCUUUUCACAAUGUCACUGCCAUGGUUGGCGCCGGUGUCCUCAGUCUUCCUUACGCGCUAUCGGAACUUGGAUGGGGGUUUGGAAUCACGGUGCUGUCCAUGUCUUGGGUUAUCACAUUGUAUACAUUGUGGCAAAUGGUGGAGAUGCAUGAAAUGGUUCCUGGCAAGCGGUUUGACAGGUACCACGAGCUCGGCCAACAUGCUUUUGGUGAAAGGCUUGGGCUCUUUAUAGUUGUUCCUCAGCAACUUGUGGUGGAAGUUGGUACAUGUAUUGUUUACAUGGUUACUGGAGGUAAAUCUUUGCAGAAGUUCCACCAAUCGGUUUGUCCCGAUUGUAAACCUAUCAGGACAACUUACUUCAUCUUGAUUUUUUCGUCGGUUCACUUUGUGCUUGCGCACCUCCCCAACUUUAACUCCAUCUCCACAGUCUCGUUGGCAGCUGCUGUCAUGUCCUUGAGUUAUUCAGUAAUUGCUUGGACAGCUUCUUUGGGUAAGGGGACUCAAGAGGAUGUGGACUAUAGCUUGAGGUCAAAAGACCUUGUCGGACAAAUGUUUGGCAUGUUCACCGCUUUGGGAGAUGUGGCUUUCGCGUAUGCUGGUCACAGCGUGGUCUUGGAAAUCCAAGCAACCAUCCCUUCGACUCCUGAAAAGCCAUCAAAGGGCCCAAUGUGGUUAGGUGUUGUCGUUGCAUAUAUUAUUGUCGCCGUUUGCUACUUUCCUGUUGCGGUUAUUGGAUACCAUACAUUUGGCAACCUCGUUGAUGACAACAUCCUCAUCACUCUUGAUCACCCAAGAUGGCUUGUUGCCAUUGCUAACAUGUUUGUCGUCUUUCAUGUCAUUGGUGGAUAUCAGAUUUUUUCGAUGCCGGUGUAUGACAUGAUUGAAACCUUUUUGGUGAAAUCAAUGAAAUGCAAGCCAAGUGCUACCCUUCGAUUCACCGUUCGUACAUCAUUUGUUGCUAUUACCACUUUUAUUGCAAUCACAUUUCCUUUCUUUGGUGGUCUUCUUGGAUUCUUUGGAGGUUUUGCAUUGGCACCAACAACCUAUUAUCUUCCUUGCAUAAUUUGGCUAAUAGUCAGGAAGCCUGAAAGGUGGAGCAUAACUUGGUGCAUAAAUUGGAUUUGCAUAGUGAUUGGUGUUCUAUUAAUGAUUCUGGCACCCAUUGGAGGCCUAAGGUUAAUCAUCAAGUCAGUUGGGAGCUACCAAUUUUACUCAUGAAAGUUGAGAUUAAGAUGGAUGUAAGUGUGAUACAUCCAAUUGGUGGAUUGUUAAGAAUUUGA